UAAUAAUAUCAUAAUCAUAAAAGUUUGAUAAACACUGGUUUUCUAUGACAAAUAAUCCCGGUUGUCACUGGGAGGUGUCAAAAUUAAAUCAUUAUCGAUAGUGUUUAAUAAAUUAAAAUUAACCAUGGAUAGUCAAGGUAGAAAAGUUAUUGUUUGUGAUAAUGGAACAGGCUUUGUAAAAUGUGGUUAUGCUGGGAGCAAUUUUCCUGCACACAUUUUUCCAUCAAUGGUUGGAAGACCAAUAAUUCGUGCUGUAAAUAAAAUCGGAGACAUCGAAGUAAAGGACUUCCAUGUAGAUGAAUGUACCAAUACUUUACCCGAUCUAAUGGUAGGCGAUGAAGCAUCUGCUUUAAGGUCUUUAUUAGAAGUUAGUUACCCAAUGGAAAAUGGUGUUGUACGAAAUUGGGAAGAUAUGCAACAUGUUUGGGACUAUACAUUUGGACCAAAGAAAAUGAAUGUUGAUCCAACAGAGGCUAAAGUAUUAUUGACUGAGCCUCCGAUGAAUCCUACCAAAAAUCGAGAGAAAAUGAUUGAGGUUAUGUUUGAAAAAUAUGGAUUUGCUGGUGCUUAUAUUGCAAUACAAGCGGUACUAACUUUAUACGCUCAAGGGCUCCUUAGUGGUGUAGUUGUUGAUUCCGGAGAUGGUGUUACUCACAUUUGUCCAGUGUAUGAAGAAUGUGCUCUUCCACAUUUAACUAGAAGAUUAGAUAUCGCUGGUCGAGAUAUCACUCGUUAUUUAAUUAAACUUUUAUUAUUAAGAGGAUACGCUUUUAAUCAUUCGGCUGAUUUUGAAACAGUUCGAAUGAUGAAAGAAAAACUUUGUUACAUUGGCUACAAUGUCGAGGCCGAACAAAGACUUGCUUUAGAAACUACAGUAUUAGUAGAACCAUACACGUUACCUGAUGGCCGAGUUAUAAAAGUUGGUGGUGAGCGUUUUGAAGCACCUGAAGCUUUAUUCCAACCACAUUUAAUCAGUGUAGAAGGGCAAGGUAUUGCUGAACUUGUUUUUAACACAAUACAAGCGGCUGACAUUGACAUGAGACCUGAGUUAUAUAAACAUAUUGUUUUGAGUGGUGGUUCAACGAUGUAUCCAGGAUUACCGUCACGAUUAGAACGUGAAAUUAAACAAUUGUAUUUAGAACGUGUUCUUAAAAAUGAUACUGCCAAAUUAGCUAAAUUUAAAAUACGUAUUGAGGAUCCACCACGACGUAAAGAUAUGGUAUUUAUUGGUGGUGCUGUAUUAGCAGAAGUAAUGAAAGAUAAAGAUAAAUUUUGGAUAAGUAAACAAGAAUAUGAAGAUCAAGGUUUAGGUGUACUUCGAAAAUUAAGUGCACGAGCAUCUUAAAGACACUUUAGUAUAUUUUGUUGUGAAUGAUUUAUUAACAAUAAACUAAAUAAAAAAAAUACUGUAAAACAAAAAAACAAAUUUUAUAAAGCACACAUUCCAUGUGCUUUUGUUACAAAAUAUAAAAAUUUCGACGCAUGAAAAUU